GUUAGCAGACGGAACAUCAAAAGGAAACGAAAGAACGAUUGUAAUGGCUUCAUAUGAUGCAUUAUUAGGAUUUGGAAUUUUCUUUUCUUAUAUUAGUUCGGGAUAUUUGAUAGAAUUUGCCGGGUUUAUAUAUCCGUUCGCUAUUUCAGGCGGAAUUGUUUUCUUUUUAGCAAUUUUAGUGCUUAUCACUUUAAAUGAGUCUUGGAAAAAUAGUGGAGAAGCAAAAACACAAAUGUCAAUAUCUCCCGGAGAAAUAUUUUCCUGGUGUAACAGAAGUGAAAAUAUAACCGGCAGUGUAAAUUACGUUAUGAUUUAUCUGUUAAUAUUUUUUAUUUAUUUGAUGCCACUGUCUGCAAGCAGCUCUAUAAGAAUGAUAUAUACCUUGAGUUCACCAUUUUGUUGGUCAGCAGAGUUCAUCGGUUGGUUUAGUGGUUGCAAUGAUAUUGUUGUGUUUGUAGGCGGAUUAAUUAUUCUUAAAGGUUUACAGAUAUGCUUCAAAAAUAUUACAGACGAAUUGAUAGUAUCAUUUGGUUUUUUGUCCUCUAUUGCAAGUUUUAUACUAUAUGGAUUAUCAAAAAAUAGUUGGAUGUUGUUUGGAGCUGCAGCAGCUGCUAUUUUACAAAUUAUACCAAUACCCGUAAUGAAAGCCAUGUUAUCCAGAGUUGUAAAUCCAAAUAAACAAGGCUCAAUAUUUCUUGAAAUGUAA